GCGAAGGGCGGGGGAGGAGGCGGAGCCAGCCGGGCUUGGGGGGCGGCUGCACAGUGUCCGGGAUCCCCCAGGCCUGGAGGGGGGUCUGCGCGCGGCCGGCUGGCUCUGCCCCACGUCCGGUCCCGAGCGGGCCUCCCUCGGGCCAGCCCGAUGUGACCGGGCCCUGCGGAGCCUGAGCAAGGAGCGGGUCCGUCGCGGAGCCGGAGGGCGGGAGGAACAUGACAUCGCGGAGAUGGUUUCACCCAAAUAUCACUGGUGUGGAGGCAGAAAACCUACUGUUGACAAGAGGAGUUGAUGGCAGUUUUUUGGCAAGGCCCAGUAAAAGUAACCCUGGAGACUUCACACUUUCCGUCAGAAGAAAUGGAGCUGUCACCCACAUCAAGAUUCAGAACACUGGUGAUUAUUAUGACCUCUAUGGAGGGGAGAAGUUUGCCACUUUGGCUGAGCUGGUUCAGUAUUACAUGGAACACCAUGGGCAGCUGAAGGAGAAGAAUGGAGAUGUGAUUGAGCUCAAGUACCCUCUGAACUGUGCAGAUCCUACCUCUGAACGGUGGUUUCACGGGCACCUCUCUGGGAAAGAAGCAGAGAAAUUAUUGACUGAGAAAGGAAAACAUGGCAGCUUCCUGGUCCGCGAGAGCCAGAGCCACCCUGGAGAUUUUGUUCUCUCCGUCCGCACUGGCGACGACAAGGUGGAGAGCAAUGACGGCAAGUCCAAGGUGACCCACGUCAUGAUUCGCUGUCAGGAACUGAAAUACGAUGUUGGUGGAGGAGAGCGGUUUGAUUCUCUGACAGAUCUGGUGGAACAUUACAAGAAAAAUCCUAUGGUAGAAACCUUGGGCACAGUGCUGCAACUCAAGCAGCCCCUCAAUACAACCCGUAUAAACGCAGCUGAAAUAGAGAGCCGGGUUCGAGAACUGAGCAAACUGGCCGAGACCACAGAUAAAGUCAAGCAAGGCUUUUGGGAAGAAUUUGAGACACUACAACAACAGGAGUGCAAACUUCUCUACAGCCGGAAGGAGGGUCAGAGGCAAGAAAAUAAAAACAAAAAUAGAUAUAAAAACAUCCUGCCUUUUGACCACACCAGGGUCGUCCUGCAUGACGGGGAUCCCAACGAGCCUGCUUCGGAUUACAUCAACGCAAACAUCAUCAUGCCUGAAUUUGAAACCAAGUGCAACAAUUCAAAGCCCAGGAAGAGUUACAUUGCCACGCAAGGAUGCCUGCAGAACACGGUGAACGACUUCUGGCGGAUGGUGUUCCAGGAGAACUCCCGUGUGAUCGUCAUGACAACAAAAGAGGUGGAACGGGGAAAGAGUAAAUGUGUCAAAUACUGGCCCGAUGAGUAUGCUCUAAAAGAAUACGGUGUCAUGCGUGUUAGGAACGUCAAAGAAAGUGCCGCUCAUGACUAUACCUUAAGAGAACUUAAACUUUCGAAGGUCGGACAAGCUCUACUCCAGGGGAAUACGGAGAGAACGGUCUGGCAAUACCACUUUCGGACCUGGCCGGACCACGGCGUGCCCAGCGACCCCGGGGGCGUGCUGGACUUCCUGGAGGAGGUCCACCACAAGCAGGAGAGCAUCAUGGACGCCGGCCCGGUCGUGGUUCACUGCAGUGCUGGAAUCGGCCGGACAGGGACGUUUAUUGUGAUUGAUAUCCUUAUUGACAUCAUCAGAGAAAAAGGUGUUGACUGUGACAUUGACGUGCCCAAGACCAUUCAGAUGGUGCGGUCUCAGAGGUCAGGGAUGGUGCAGACAGAGGCGCAGUACCGCUUUAUCUACAUGGCUGUCCAGCAUUACAUUGAAACACUACAGCGCAGGAUCGAGGAGGAGCAGAAAAGCAAGAGGAAAGGGCACGAAUACACAAACAUCAAGUAUUCCCUCGCCGAGCAGACAAGCGGGGAUCAGAGCCCCCUCCCGCCCUGUACCCCCGCGCCUCCCUGUGCGGAAAUGCGAGAAGAUAAUGCUAGAGUCUAUGAGAACGUGGGCCUGAUGCAGCAGCAGAAAAGCUUCCGCUGAGCAGAGCCGCCUGGACCUGAGCGCAGAAACCGCCGUGGACUUUCGUCCUCCCCCUGAAAAGAUCAAGGACAGAUGUGAGAAAGUCUACGUGAAGAAUGAAUCUGGGUCGGCAAGGCCGCACUGUGGCUGACUGCCUUUGGAUAAGCAAAAUUGGAAACCCUUUGAAGACCACCGUACUCUGACUCAACAGUUCAUUUCCUUGGAUAAGAAGGAAUCAUCUCUACAAUGUAGACAUUGUUACAUUUUAUAGAGUUUUGUUUUAAUUGAGGAAGCAGUUCAACUGUGCUCUGUAUUUUGCAGGUUAUGGGGAUUCAAGUUCUAGUUAUGGGAUAUUUUUUAAAUGUUAUUUUUUCUUCUUGUAACCUUAAUUUUUUUUUCUUUUGGUGGGGCAUGAUAGGGCACUUGUAAGAAGAAAUAGUUUGGGGAAACUAAGUAACAACACAUCCUUGAGAGAGGAGAACACUUUCAUUGACCAUGUUGCGUUAGUCUGUUUUGUGUUGCUAGAACUGAAUCCCACAGCCCGAGUGAUUUCUCAUGAGCAGAGAGUUCUGCUCUUAGAGUUCUGGAAGAGUGAGGGGCCGCAUCUGCGUGUGGUAUCGGAACACAUGGGAGGUGUCACGUGGCAAAAGGGGGCAAGAACGGGCUGAGCAUGCUUUUAUGACAAAACCCACUCUCGCAAUAACAAGCCCGCCAGCGCGGGCACCUUAAUGAACUCAGAAGCGCAGAGACCUCGUGACCCAAGCACCUGCCCCAGGCCCCGCCUCAUCACCACUGGGGCACUGGGGCUCAGAUUUCCAGCACAUGAGUGUUAGGGGGCUUGGUCAAGCCUAGCUGUGAUCCAGCAGUGGAUACUUAGUUUUGAUGGCUUUUUCUUUUUUCUUUUUUUUUUUUUUUGGCUAAAUCAAGCCAAUGCCUCAGUCAGUCAGAAUUUGACUGUCUUCUUUUACAUUGUCAUUAAAUGAUCCUGGAGGGGGGAAUCUUGGGAAUAUAUCAAUUAGGGUAAGAGCUGUCUUUUCUUAGCCUGUGACCAGUGACCAUACAGCUGUUGGCUGCAAAGGUUGUGGUGGGAAAAGGGUGGCCGUAUUUUCUUUGCAUUUGACUGAUUGUCAUGUGUUUAGACAAAGGACAUCUGUGGGUGACUAGUGUUUUGGUUAUACAGUGUUGCUGGCAAACUACCCCAAAAUGUGGCGGCUUCACGCAGCACCACCCCUCCCCCACAUUCUGCUGGUCUUACAGGCGCCGCUGCCGCGCUGGGCAGGUGGCUGAGCCCCUGGGCUGACGGCGCCUUUCUCCGCAUGCAGCCCCUCUCUGUCCAUGUGGUCUCUGCCCGGGAACUCGCCAGCAGGUAGCUGGACCUCUCCCAUGGCAGCUCAGAGCUCCCAAGAGUUCCACAGCAGACGCAGCCAGGAUUCCUAGGACUUAGGCCCAGAACUGCCACAGCACCGUCCCCCUCCACGGGUAAACCAGUCGUGGGCCCAGCGCAGACUCAGCAGGGGGCACUCCUUGGCAGCCAGCAGUCUCUCAGACCCUCACAGCCAGUGCCAUGGGAAACUCUGCGAGGUUAGAGACGCUGAAGCUGUGUGCCCCACUUACACCUAAGCUGCAAGUCCGGGAGAGAGAGAGAGGCCCUUCUAGAAGCUCGCUGAGCCAGUUCUGGCAGCCCUGAGCAGUUUCUGAAGCAUUGCUUGGGCAAACAGGUCUCCUAAGGAGAGAUGUGCUUAGGGGGACGGAGCACCCGCGCGCAGAGCCACCCCGUCCUGUGACACCUGCAGACAUGACAGGAUGCGAACCUGCUUAGCGCCAGCAGUUUGUGCAGACAGGCUGCAGUGAGGGGGCCCGGGCCCGCCCAGCAAGGCCUCCAGUCAGAGUGCAUUAGCUCGGUUCUUGUUUCGGCCAAGCAGUCAGAUUUGCUGAUGUUCUACCUUAAGUGCCUUCUCCACAGACAUCCCUCUUGUGUUGACUGUCCGCCCAGCGAGUGUCUCCUGGGUCAAGACGAGAACACACUGCAGCGGCUUGGCCCGGGAGUCAGCGCCUGCUCAGCCAGGCUCUUUCCGCUUUGGCUCCCGACAGGAAGGACCCAGUCCAGCUCCAGAAGUGGUCCUGGCUGGGGUCUGUAACUCCCUUGAAACCCCGAGGGGGCCUGGGGAGUGCAGUGGCCACCAUUUGCACAGCCAAGGCGUUCAUUGUGGCCCCACCCAAGGCCCUGGUACCCGCGGACCUUAGAGCUGCUUCUGAACGCAGGUCAGACUGAGCACGUAGUCUUGCGAGGGAGGUGAUGAGUACUGUCUUCUUGUCAGGCCUCAGAGAAAGGGCGUGCAGCUCAGUAUCGGAGACCAGGAUCUCAGUCCUGUCCUUACUGCAUUGUCACAUGGGAUUGUUCUCCGUUCUGCUUCGAUUUCACGGCAGUGUUUGGACUCGGACUUUGGAGGGACAAAGUCUUUCACCAGCACCCAAGGGUUUGAUCGUACAAAUACACCUGCUGCACGAAUGCCUCUGCCUGUUGCUUAAGAUGAAUCGUGUUUGCCCUUGGCACAGAAGUCCCGGAUCUUGGCGAGCUUUGUUUGUUACAGGACAUUGAUUUCACUUGCGUUUCCCCUCUGCGAAGUCAAAGCUGUCAUAUCGUCACGUCAGCUGGCGCCAAGACAAGAUUCGUGGCAGCCCCUAGGUUGCUGAGCUUCGAGGUGUGUUCGGUAAAAGGUGUCGGCAGGUUCUCAGGUGAGGUUGCUGUACGUGGGGUGGAUCAGGCAGAGGGGCCGGGAGGAUGGGGAGCUCCAGGUGCAGGGUGAAAGGACUGUGGAGGUGGGAGUUCUGAAGAGGUGGUUUCUGAGGAGGUCAAGCGGCCCCGGGGCCAGAGCACAGUCACAGGUGACCAGCUGACCUGCAACAUGGGUGUGAUAGCUGCGCACUUGCAGCCUUCUUCUGGGUUGCUGGCAGACACGAAGUACGCGCAGUAUCCCAUGGCUGGAAGCCCAUUUUACAGUUAUAAGCCUAAGAUUUUAUAUCUGAAGUGAAGACAUUAUCUGGCAUGUGGUAUUCAGGUUUUAAAAAGGGUCAAAUUUCAGAAUCUUCAUGGCUUUUUUUUUUUUUAAAAAAAGUAAAGGGCGCCUCUGCGUCCAGUGCAUGGCCCUCUUGAAACCCAAGGUCCCAUCUCCCGUGGACAUCAGUGACCUCCAGCCUGGCUGCCUGGGAAUGCGGAGCUGCGGGCGGACUUCGCGGAGCCCGAGCCUGCUUUGCAGAGCCCGGUGGCUUUGGAACAGCCAAGAAAAAGGUCAAGAUUAUCUUUCGGAGUUGUUUUCCUGGGGAUUUUAAGAACUGAUGGAACAGCCUGGGUGAUUUCCGGUUCGGGGGAUUGUGGGAAGGUGAGCAGUUGUGAAGUGUUUUGUUGUAGAGUAGUGAUCCUUAAGGGAGCUGACUGUAGACAGGAACGCACCCCAGCGCAGUUGUUUGCUCCCUGUUGUUGGGGAGUGCAGUUUUACAUGGCAAGCACAGGCGCUCCCCGGCUUUGAGAUGCCUUUAUUAGGAAGUGUGUCAGCCCUUCAUUUUGCUACAAUCUUUCCCCUUCUUCCUGUUGAAAACUAAGUUCUGAAAUAUAGUUUGUUGUCUCUUCCAUCACUGAAAAAUGUGUUCCUUUCUCACUACGGGCAGUUCACACAAGGCAAAAAUAGUCAACAGCUGGUUUUAGUGUGUUACGUAACUUUGCUGUGUAGCAAACUAAUUUCUACAAGGUUUUCAUCCUAAACCUCAAAUCAUGUAAUUAAUAAUUUGCCUGUUUAUUUAUGACCUAAUUGUGAUUCUUUUAUUAAUAAAAGCUAAUGGAAAAGGAUCCUUUAUUAAGCUGAUGACUAGACCUACAUUUAAUUUUCCUGCAGUGUAUGAAGAAGUAUUGUACCAGAGUAUUAAAAGAUAUGUAAUAUUUUAUUGAUAAAUCUAUCCUUUAAAAGGAGUACGUUUUAGGAUGUCAUCAUUUUGAUGUGAAUCAUGUAAAUGUUGAUAAUAUGCUGUUUAUUAUACAUUUAGUGUUUCCAGAGAUUCACCCAAUUGCCUUUUUGCCCACGUAUAUUAUGUAGUCUAUUUGCAAUUGUUUUUUUUUUUUUAAAAACAGUGACAUUAAAAGAAUAGUUUAUGUAGAGAAACAUUAGUGGAUGUUAAUUGUCUCCCCACCUGUAUUUAUGGGUGUUAGUUCAACUGCUUUGCUAGUUACAAAGCUGUAUUAUCAGAGUAAAAGUGUAUUUGUAAACUGUAUGGGAACUAAAAUUAGGAAUAAAACCAUUUUCUUA